CCUUUCUUGACAUAGAUUACAUUAAUUCUGUUCUCUAGCAAAAAUUAUUCCCUUUGCAUAAUGACUUCACCACGACUUUUCGUUUUCGAAGACAUGUUCAAGUUCAACAGCAUUGCGAUGGAUCCUCUGGUGGAAGUUUAUUCCCUGCCCUUCGUAAUCCCCAAGAUGUUGGAACAUCCCGAAAUGGUUCUUGCUGUAGAUUCACCAGAUGAUCGUCUGAUCGGUUUUGUGUUGGGAACCCGCGAUGAGGAUUGUGAUGAACGCAUUGGCGAUGGGAAGGAUUGCAGUUGGAGCCAUGGACACGUUUCUGCACUGGCUGUGGAUUACAAAUACCGAAAAUUGGGAAUUGCAACUCGUUUUAUGACCACUCUUAGGAAUAUGAUGGAUGAUCAAAAGGAUUGGUAUAUGGAUUUAUAUGUGCGUGAAAAGAAUGAAAAUGCCAUCAGGCUUUAUGAAUCCCUGGGGUAUGUGAAGUAUUCCUGGAUGCCAAUGUUUUAUCCCGAUGAUAAUGGCUAUCAUAUGCGAUUGCCCUUAACCCGUGAUGUGAAUAGAAACUGCCUUGAUGGGAUUUUGGUUAACAAGCUCUUUAGUUUCGUCAAUUUGGUGUACUAUAUACUAAUAAUCUAUUUUACGGGACUCAAAAAACUUAUCUUUGGUGAUCGAUUUUCAAAAAAGGAUUGAAUACUUCGUUUAACAUAAUCCAACUAUAACCACAGACAUUUUUAUAUUUAAGUCAUUAAGGCAAAUGCAUUGAUUGUUCAGUUUGGCAGCAAAUAAAAAAUUAAACCAUUGAGGAAACAUCUAGAAAAGUUCA